ACGCAAAUGGCUGCUUCCAAGUCUGGCAUCGCUGUUGGCCUUAACAAGGGUCAUAUCACCACCCGCCGUGAGCUCAAGAUCACUCCCUCUUACACCAAGGGUGCUGCUUCCAAGCGUACUACCUUUGUCCGCAGCAUCGUCCGUGAGGUUGUUGGCUUCGCUCCCUACGAGCGUCGUGUCAUGGAAUUGAUCAAGAACUCCAAGGACAAGCGCGCCAAGAAGCUCACCAAGAAGAGACUCGGUACCUUCCUCCGUGCUAAGAAGAAGAUUGAGGAGCUCUCUGCUGUCAUUGCUGAGUCCCGUCGCCAUUAAGGCUUUGUUGUAUAAACCUCUUGUGUGUGUGUGUUUUUUCCAAUAACAAUUAGUAGUGUUAUACACGU